AUGAGGACUCUUGCCCUCCUCACUGCCCUUCUACUCUUGGCCCUCCAGGCCCAGACUCAGAACCUGGAAAAGGCAGAUGACCAAGUUUCUGCCCAGGACCAGCCUGGGGCCGAGGUCCAGGACAUGACUAUCUCCUUUGCAGGGGAUAAACGCUCUGCUCGAGGAGCUUCAAAAGGGAUUACAGGAACACCUACCUGCACCUGCCGGCACUCCAAUAGCUGCCUUAGCCAUGAGCGUGGCUCUGGGAUGUGUAUAAGCAAAAAAGGCAAGGCAUACAAGCUCUGCUGUCUUCGCUGA